CUCGGCCAACCAACCACUCGCGAGGCGGCUUCGCCCCACAACGGACGUACGGUCACGUUCGAAACACGAAAUUCGCAACCGAAAAAGUUUUACAACUUUCAGUAACGGUUGCCCCGGCCCUUUAUGACACAAAAGUCCCCCCCAAAUGUCAAAAACAGUGCAGUGAAUAUAGUGAAAAGUCUCAAGUGUUGUGUGAGUGAAGUUAACUUUUUUUUUGCGAUCACAUUUUACCGUUUCAAUUGAACGUUACUGUUUCGUUCGAUAAAAAAGCGCGUUAAAGUCGCGUUCAUCGCAAGAGGGCCGUAUAUGGUAAAGUUUAUUCUCGGAGGUGAAAGUAGACCUUUGUUAGGUGCAUAAAAGGACGCAGAGCAACAGCUCGCUGCAUUUCGCGAGGUCGCGCCGAGGCCGUCACCAUGGCAACUGGGGGCGAAACAAACCCCUGAACUAGCGGGCUGGGAGGCGGAUGUCGGGCGGCGGCGCGGGGCUGAUGUCGUGCGUGCGCGAGGGCUCGCUGGAGCCGCCUUACCGACCGCACACCGACACACACAACCAUGGCGAAGGCCGCACAGGCAGAUUCCUGCGAGGGCUGCGUCGCAUGUUUAAGAGGCGUGGAAGUGCGACAAGGAACGCCUCUCCCGACCCUCGGAGCAGUUCUACUGGAGAACUCCUCGCUGCCGAGCGACAAGCUAGGAGGAAAGAGGGAGCCUACGGCAGCGGUCUGUCGGUGUCACACGACUCAGUCUUCACUGGCGAACGGAGCGACGAAUCUAGUGAUGAACGCCCUACCCCACAUCUGCCCACUUCUCACAGGGCGGAGCUAGUGGCAGCAGUGCGCCGGCGCGGGCGCGGCGACGGCAGCGACGACGACGAAGACCUAGGGCUCCCGCGCAGCCCGCCCGCCUCCCCGCCCACCGACAAGGCUGACAAGCGGCACCAUGCGGGCAUAUCGCAGUCGUCCUGCAGCGAUGGCUCCCUUCUCAGCGUCGGCUCCUCCGAGAUGGACGACGACAGCUACCACCACGACCACUCCAACAGGAGCGAUCACUCCGACUACAACUUGUCAGAGCCAGCGUUGGGCGUCGCGCCGCUCUCUCAUUCCGCCGCCAAACACAAGAUGGCGGUGCGACCGCGGCGGACCCACGGCGCGCCCAGGCGGAAGAAAACUAAUCCUAUUGCCGCAUCAGCCUUGCCAAUCACGCCCGAACUGAACGAAGAAAUGAUACGAAGCACUACUCCUGAAGUGACUCAUAAAACCUCAGAAGUUGUUACUGAAUCAUUCUCUUCAUCGACCACUACGAAACAUCACAUGACCGUGAACGUCCAGCAUCAGCAGCUGAACCGCGAGCUCACGCGAGUGCUCGAAACUCCGGCCGACACGCGCCUUAAGUCCUCCUCCUUACCCCCAGGUCUAGCCCUAAGCCAGGUGAUGGGGCACUCCCCCGCCAAACUCUCCAUCGCCGAACAAAUCACCCCCAGGUCCUCUAUCAAACGAUCCAAGUCCAGCUCCCAAGGACAAAACUUAAGAGAAGACAGUGUGACUAGUGAAACCCAGACCAGCUACUCUCAGGAACGGGUCACGAAAUACAGGUCCGAUAAUAAGUAUGCCGAAGAAUCUUGCCAUGAGAAGAAGUCUAAAUCGGAAAAGAAAAUUGAGAAUGAAGUCAUCAGAUCCUCGAAGAAGGAGGAGUCGUUUUUCAGUCGGCUGCUUUUAAGAAAGAGUGGAAAGAAAUCGAAAAAAGACCAGCCAGAUGGUGAAGGAGAGACUAAGAAGUCUAAAACGGAAAAAUCCACAGCGCAGUAUAAAGCUAUGGACACAGAGAGGAGCGGAUUUGUUUAUGUUGAUCAUGGACAAGGGCACAAACCCGUGCCCGCUGAGAGAACCCACAAAUCUGCCGGACAGAAGGUUUUCGCCAAUCAAAUGCAUAAAAGAAUGGACAACAAGGGAGCGUACGUCCAAGAGGGAGUCUAUAAAGACGUCUACAGUGCGGCCAAAGUGCCGGGCGUCGAAUACAAUAUAACUGAUCUCAAAAUCGCGGAAGAAACUGACAAAAUGUUGAACCAAGAAAUGAAGGCUCGUCUGAGUCGCCGUGACGACUUUAAUGAGAAAAUGGAGCGUUCUAAACGAACGUCCUCAAAAGAAACUGUUGAAGACAAGAGGGAGUCCUUCAGUUUGAAUCAUGACAAGUCUAAGAGACCCGCCUCCGUUCAGAGACUCGUCGACCCGUUCUCGUCGAAAGCAUUUAUUAAUAACGAGCUUGCUAAUAUAGCUCAGGAAGAGAACUUGUCGCCAACAUUAGAGAUCUCAGACGAAGAACCCCCAAUCGUAGCGCAUCGCAUAAAGAGCGUUCACAGCGACUACAUGUUCCACAGUGGAAGCAUGCCCAAAAACAUCCCCUACUUCAACCACAGUGUUGUUAUGUCGGCAUCAGUGUCGCCUCCUAAGAACAUCCUGCAUCAGAGUUCCGAAAACGUGAAGCAUAUACACCGAUCUUCCGACCAUGUCUGCGAGCUCCGCGAUAAGCACGAGAAACGCGAGAAAGCUCACCGCGCCUCUAAGACUGAAGAGGCCUACGUGAACUCAGGACUUCGAUCGCUCGGCGACGAGUACGUGGAGACCAGAAGCAGCAUUGGCAAGUCGCACAGCUUCCGUUACGCUUCGGAAUCUCCGUCGAUCAGCUCGCAGGAGAGCCAGAUGCCGAGUCUGCCGGCCAUCGUCGGCAUAUCCGAGCCUUUACUUGAAAGCUGGGAGGUUAACUACAGGAGAAAUGUCACUGAGCGACACGAUUACACUAAGAGAGUAUCCGCUAGGAACUAUAACAUCCUACAUGGAACCGCUGAAGCCAACUAUGACAGUUUACCAAGCACUGAUAGUAGCUACAUGGAUAGCCUCAAAACUGACAUGCAUGAUGAUAAAAACUUUUCUCAAGCAGCAUCCAAAUAGGC